AAAUCAAAAUCGCAUAUCUGUCGCAAGUAACAGGUAACGCAACACAAACAGAGUAGGCUAUUUUUUCUUUAUCGUAUCAGGUCUCGUGACACAGGAAUACACGCAGGGAUCAGAUCAAGCGGAGACGUGAUCAGAAACACAGGAAGCUGAAGCAGUCAGUUGAAAUACAAAGAUCACUUCCCAUGUCGUCUUAUUAGGCAAGUUGUUUACCAGAAGUAUUGAAAAACUACAAUGGACUCUGCGAAGAAACCUGCAAAAAUAUGCUCAGAGAUCGUUCUCCACAGAACCUCUACGGUUCUUUCUUUUGUUUCCAUGCUGCUUAUAGUUGCGCUCUUCAUGAGGAUGGAAACAAUAAACAGACGAACAAAAAUGAACGAGCUGCGAAUCUCUGACGUGGAAAGUCACAUGAAAAUCACUGGACCGUUAAAGAACGAAAACGAUGAAGACGAAAAGGAAACGUUGAAGGAUUUAAAAAACUGUAAAGAAAUAGGAAAUAACGAUCUCCAGAGAAGAAAAAGAAACAGUGCUCAGAUUACUGUACAAGAUGUUCGCCAUGAAAUCAACAAUCAGUUUAAUCGAGCUUGUAACGCCACAAAAAAAAUUUGCCUGAAAGGACCUCCAGGCCCUCCCGGUACUCACGGGUAUCCUGGAUACAAAGGAGAGCCAGGACCUCCAGGGCUCACUGGCCCACGAGGAUUUAUGGGUCUAAGUGGGGCCCCAGGCGUGAGUGGCAAGCAAGGACCAGUUGGACCUCAGGGAGUAAAAGGCGAGAAAGGUGAUGUAGGCUCUGUUGGCGCACCUGGGAUCAAAGGUGAGUUCGGUUUACCUGGUCCUCAAGGGAGAAAAGGAUCUAUUGGUUUAAAAGGCAGCAAGGGAAUAAAAGGUUCUAUAGGAAUUCGUGGACCGAAAGGACAUCUUGUUGUUGCACCAAAAGUCCAUGUUUUUCCCAAAUCGCAGGUAGUUCCCGUCAACAAAUCAGCAACUUUUUACUGCUGGGUUGAUGGUCAUAUGUCCACGAAAACGACUUGGCGUAAGCUUGGAGAUGCUUUAGCUAAAGGUGUCGUAAAUGGUGACACUCUCCAUUUUGACAACGUCCAAAAAUCCCACGCUGGAUCGUAUGUGUGCUCAGUAUUUACUGGUUAUGGAUUCUUCAAGGCCGCCAGUACCCUACAAAUCAAAGAGCCACCUGUAUUAAUAAAGAAACCUCCCUCACAAGUCGAGGCAGAGCUUGGCUCUACCUUGAAACUUUGCUGCGUUGCUGAAGGCUCAGUCUCAUGGUCACGCGCCCAAUUGUCCCUGAAUUUGUUGCCAGCUUUUCAGCAAAACGGAUGCCUCACCAUAACCAGUAUCACAGAAGAAUCUGCUGGAAACUACAUUUGUCGUGUUACAAAUACCUUUGGAUUCGCAGAAUCUUCAACUGCAGUAAUCAUAAAAGCUGCAAACUCGUGUAACGACUGGAACCAUAAGUACGGCGGAAUAAAGAACGGAGCGUACCUGUUGUCACUGGAAAAUCAAUUCUUCAAGGCCUAUUGUGACGAUAAAGGUUGGACACUGAUCGCUAGAUUUUCAAAUACUGAUCGCAAGAACUGGAUGGAUGAUCGAGGAAAUUGGUGGUACGAUAUUCGUGGUGCUGUUGGGAGAACAUUAGAUCCAUCUUCUAAUACUGACAUGAUCUCUUCAGCCUUUUGGUUGGUGGGUGGUAAAGAAUUUAAGAUCACUCGUAGCGACGACCCCAGUCACACACCUUUGUUACAAACCAAAGGUGAUUGUUUGGCGGGACAAACAUUUCGAUCGAAAAUUACUAGUUACGGAGACUUUAGAAAUGGCAAAGUUUGGGCCAGUAACAACUGUUUGGGGAGUUGUGUUGUUCAAUAUGGCGGACGAUAUAGGUCAACCGAAGGAUUCCAACAGGCAAGCUGCAAUGGAAACAUCCAAAGUGCCUUGAAGAUUGGUUUCUGGUGUGACUGGGAUGACGGUGAUGGAUCCGUGAUGAUGAUUGGUGGAGGAGGAAAUGCUUGUUUACGCGCUGAUCACGGGAUUGGGAUCACAGAGGAUGAACAAGCAUCCUUUGAGUACGGAAACGAUGAACAUGACUUUGGUCAAGAUACAACUGUUACUUUAUCUUACUCGUUGAAUUUGUGGAUCCGUUAAAUGAAUUUUCUACGAUUCAUUUGUGCUGCUUUUUUGAAGUGUUGGGCUGAGCUGCUCGAAAAAAAUACUAUACUUAUUAGGACUUAGUUUCGGAAAAAAGUAUACGCCACCAUGAAAAUUACUGCCAGAAAUGUAGCGUAAUGCCAAACGAGCUUUGAAUAGGUCGGUCGAGGUCUAUAGGGAUUUAGAUUUUUAACAAUGCCUGUGGAUUUUGAUAAAAAGCAAGUGCUAGAA